CCUCCUCCCCUCCCUCAGCAUCACUCCACACCCUGGAUCACGCCUGUCCUCUCUCUCCCACCCUCAUUCUCUACCUCCUUUAUAACCCAUCACUCCCAUCUCACUGCUCUCACUCAUUCUGGCCAUUUCAACCAGGAAUGGACACAUUUGUUUUCUCGGGACAAAACUGAGUACUUGCUGACACAAUGUUUUUGUAAAAGUUUUAUUUUACUAGCACGUCUGGAUUUUAGGUUUUGUUUUGUUUUUUGGCGGGGUGAAUCGAUUCUACUGAUAUGUUCAAUUAAAUUGGACGUGGACUUAUUUUGUGUCUAAAGGAUGAGCAUGCAAGUGAAGAAACCGAUGAACAACUUUAUUGAUUAAAAUUGGGAUUCAAUUUCAAUUUGAUCAACUCAAUAUCAAAAAGAAGAAUACCUGGAUACCACAGGACUAUGAACUGAUAUGCGGGGAUCAUCCCCAGACUCUGGACCAGAAACAUAAACCAACACCACAACAAACAGACAGACACAUCACUUUGACUGUGGAGACGGGCAGCGUGCUGUCCAAAGACCCAGCCUGACGCACGGAGACGGACAGACAGACAGACAGUCUGAUGCCAACUGUCUCCACUGUCAAUCUCACGGCACCACUCCUCCUCCUGUUGCUAUGGGCAACCCAACCCACCAUGGCAACCAACUGGCUCUCCCUGGCGAGGUUGCCUCGCUCCAGGCCCGUGUCCGGUGCUGCCCCAUGUGCGCGGCUGAGGGGCCUGACCCCAGGGCAGGUGGGGGUGUGCAGGGCGCGAGGGGAGGUCAUGGAGUCCGUACGCAAGGCAGCCGAGAUGGUCAUAGAAGAGUGCCAGCACCAGUUCAGGAACCGCCGCUGGAACUGUUCCACCACCACACGUGGGAUCAAUGUAUUUGGCAGAGUCAUGAACCAAGGGACUCGUGAGGCGGCCUUUGUGCAUGCUUUGUCCUCAGCAGCCGUGGCAGUGGCUGUGACCCGAGCCUGUACCCGCGGGGAGCUGGAGAGGUGUGGCUGUGACAGGAAGGUCAGGGGGGUCAGCCCCGAGGGCUUCCAGUGGUCAGGGUGCAGUGACAACCUGUCCUAUGGUGUGGCUUUCUCCCAAACAUUUGUGGAUGAACCAGAACGAGCCAAGGGGCUGUCAGCGGGGCGACCACUCAUGAACCUCCAUAACAACGAGGCUGGCCGAAAGGCCAUCCUUCACAACAUGCAGCUGGAGUGCAAAUGUCAUGGCGUCUCCGGCUCCUGUGAGUUGAGGACCUGCUGGAAGGUUAUGCCUCCAUUCAGACGCGUCGGCGUUGUGCUCAAGGAACGCUUUGAUGGAGCCACAGAGGUUCGCCUGACUCGUAUAGGAUCCAGGACAGCUCUGCUUCCCUGUGACCCCCAAGUCAAACCCCCUGCUGCCAGAGACCUUGUGUACCUUGCACCCUCCCCAGAUUUCUGCCAUCUCGACCCUGACAACGGUAUCCCUGGGACUGCUGGUAGGAGAUGUAACGGAACCUCUCGGCUGGCACCAGAUGGCUGCGAGCUGGUGUGCUGCGGGCCAGGGUACAGAGCGGGCCGGGCUGAGGUGGUGCAGCGCUGCUCCUGCAAGUUCUCCUGGUGCUGCUCAGUCCGCUGCGAGCAGUGCAAGAACACAGUCACCAUUCACACCUGUAGAGUCUAAGAGGGCCCCAAACACGACCAAACCGACAGAGCAGAAAGCCCCGAACAAACCACAAGACAGGAUGAGGACAACAUAGGCAAUAACAGUUUCUAAUUUACAUCUUUAGCGCCAAAUGAUCUUAAAUUUUGGUCUUAAUUUAAUUCAUUUUCGAGUGAAGCAGUGCAACCAGAGUUAAGUUUGAGGAUUCUGUUGUAAAAGCUGACAAAGUUAGAGCAUGUGUAAAGAGCAAAGCAAAGAACAAUUACAUCAACACUAAGGUACAAACAAAAAUCACACUCAGAGACGGACAGGUUGGCCGACAUGCAUGCACACAAAUACACAUGAACACGCACUCAACAGUUAAUCUCACAUUGAACUGACAAAGCUUUUAAAGCGGAACCUAACCACAACUAACAGGGAAACAUUGCAGCACUAUUCUUAUUUUAUGCAAACUUUUUGCGCUGUGUCAUAGACUAGCAGGUCUUUGAACUUUACUGUAUUUAUGUCUUCUUCUCUAUUCUGGUUUAUUUAUUUUUAUAUCUGAGUCUUUGCUUCACUUCAGCAAUAUCUUAAAUAGCAAAAAUAACUUCUACUUACUUAUCAGUGUCUGUCUUGUGUUUUGCACCUCACCUUCAUGUGAAACUCUUCUGUAUGUUCCUGCACAAGCAGUGCUUUUAGGUCUGUUCAAGACAUCUAAUAAAUACAGUAGUUUUAUCCAAAA